AUUAGUGCCGCUGGCUUCACGUGAGUGAARAUAAUUCAGGCAACACUAUUGAGUGUCAAACGAGUUAGCUAGGUACAUGGUGGUAAAAUAAUGUGUGUAACACUGGCAGAUAAUAUUAUCUAGACAAAUUACAAUCAAAACACCRUUAGCGAAGACGGUGGUUGCUAGAUAGCAGGAGAGCCGAUACAGAGCAAGUACCCUGUACUUGGCUCGCAUUAACGCAACAGCGCUGUGUGUAGGACUAGCUUUAGCUUGCUAGCUACUAUUUCUUCCAGCGAAGUUGCUCUGAUGGCGAAAAACACUCUUUCGUCUCGAUUCAGGAAACUCGACAUAGAUGAAUUUGAUGAGAACAAAUUCGUUGAUGAUCACGAUGAGGCUGUCGAUAAUCAGGGACCGGACGGCACGGAGAUAGACAACCUCAUCAGGAUAGGAGACACGAUGACAGCUUUUCACCUUGCUCUGCGGAACCCUCCUCUCAACACUAAGAAUCCAGCAAUAAAGGAAAGGGCUCUGGCAAUAGUGCUGAGAGUGUUGACAUCAUUUAAGUCAAGUGAUAUUGAGCCAGCCGUCAAGUCUCUUGACAGAAGCGGGGUGGACCUGCUUAUGAAGUACAUAUAUAGAGGCUUCGAGAAGCCCUCCGACAAUAGCAGUGCCAUUCUCCUACAGUGGCACGAAAAGGCUUUCGCAGUUGGGGGCUUAGGGUCAAUCGUACGAGUUCUGACGGCCCGAAAGACCGUUUGAGGGGACGGGCUUAAUCACGUGGAGCGUCUCGGCUGACCACUGGCAAGAGGAGUGACUGCCUUCUGUGGAAGGGAAAAUUAGAUUAUCACAAUUUCUUACUGAAAAAACCCUUACACUACAUAAGUUAAAGAAAAAACACAAAGGGAACAUUUAUUUUUAGUUUCAAAAUGUAUGGGAUAGCUGUAAUUUAGGACAGGAUGAUACGUGUUCAUGUAUAGGAUUAUCAUUUUUACCCAAUCACGAGUUAUUUGCUCGUUCUUUAUUGCAUUUCUGUUCUAAUACUAUUGAGAAGCAUCAGCAUGUUUCUUGAGGGUGGGGGAAGGAAGGAAAAGAGACAUGGCAGGUCAAAGGAAGAGUGUGCAUUAAGUGGUACUAUACCUUUAUACCAGUGUGUGUGUGUGUGUGUGUGACAAAUUCAGUGUGCUUGCGAGUGUAUGUCUGAUAUGUUAGUGUAAUAUUUCAUUUUUUUCUCAUUGUCAUUUUUGUACAGACAGAAGUACAUUUUAAUAUAAAGAGAUUGAGAUUCAAUUCAUUGGUAUGCAGGGUGGGGUAUAUUGAACAAUGGGGGAUUUUGUUGUGAAGUGCCUGCUGCAAUAAAACUGGAAACAAGUGUC